UGGACACAUUAACAGCCCCUACUCCGGCUCUGGACAUCCGGCGUGCUUCUACGCCGGCGGUUUGCUGGACGAGUUCCUCAGGUUCCUGCGACUGGCCCGCCAUUCGCCAACCGACUUGGGGGUAGCGAUGCUUAACCCAAGUGAUGAGAACGAAGUCGCGAAUCUGUAUGCUCUGUGCUCAAUGUUCACGAACCACUUCAAGAAAAGAACUGAGAAAUUCAAAAGCGAUUAUUCCAUCUCUGAGGCAAGUGUCAUUGACCUGUGCCAUGGCUUCAUGAAGUUGGAACACAGGAUGAACCCACAUGAACAGGCGGUGACGGCCAAUGGAACGGAAUGCCACGUCAAGGCUCACUAUGGGAUGCCUUACACGUGGUUGAAUUGCCUGCCUUCAUCUCAUGCUCAACCUAAUCAGAGGAGCGAAGAGCCGAGGCCGAUAUAUCUGCGCAUGCGCCAACCAAUCAAUGGCAGGAACCAUUUCUUCCUGGAGAAAGUUCACCACGGAAAAGAACUGCUACUUCGGAAAGGACCCUAUAUAUUAAUAUUAAAAUACAUUGUACCCUCUGUUUACAACGCGUUUCAUCAGAAAUAUGGCUAUUUAUUUUUUUAUGGAAUCAUGGAUCGGUCUGAAGGCCACUUCAAUUUCGACAUGAAAAAAUCUUCAACCGUUCAGCUUUUCGAUUAUUUUAAUCUGGAAUUCUUUACUUCACAUAACGAAACUAAUUCUUCUGACUGCGUAGUUAAUGUUCCAGAAUCUUCUAACAUAGACCUGAAUAUUGACAUGGAACUUCACUCACCGUUAAGAAUGGCACCAAUAAGAUUUUCUGAUAACUCUCUAGCAUAUAUUUCGACGUCCCGUGUAGACGUUAACGGUUAUCGCCGGAUCAACUUCAGGUGAAUCAUGGAACCAAAUUCCUUUUCAAAAUUUCUAUAAAUUGCUCCCCGUCUCUUGCAAACGGCCGAACUUCUACGUUUCAACAUUUUACAAGCUCUAGCAAAAAUGAUUAAUACACAAGAUGGCUGUCUUCUAGGUUGUUGCAGGUCACACGUGUGAUACUCAACUUUGUCGUUAAUACUUUCGUCUGUUCUUCCAUGCCGGGCCAUCCUUACUGCGGGAACAGCCGCACUAGGUCCCACACAUCGACAAUACGAUGUGUGGAAGACGUCUUGCACGGCGUCGUCUUAAUCGCCCAAGAAGUAAAAUUGUAACUCAGAAAUAAAAAAAUUGCACAGUCGAGAA